AUGGCCUUGAGGCGCGGAAAGGAUCGCGUCUCGGCGACGGGCUCUGAAGAGCUUCAGCUCUGGUACGCAGUCCGUCAGAACCUUCGCACGCUCGAAAAGAUCCGCAUCGCUUCAGUCGACAAAGCUUCCACCUUCGAAACCUUGCGCGUCGACGUCUCCGCUCUGCUCGAAAAGGGCGAUCGAUCCGACGAAUACCGCACCAAACGACGUAAACUCGAUGAUGUAUGUCACGACCUUACGAGCCGAACAAAGGACGAAUUGGCGGCGAUCGACUCGGCGCAGGAGAAGCUGGGGAUUCUGGUUGCGCUUCGGAGCUCGGCGGAUGGGGGUGGGGGUUCGCGCAGCUCAACGCCACGGAAGGAGCUGGGGUCGAAGGGUAAGGCGCCUACGCCGGCUGGGCGGCGGGGCCCACCCGGACCGUCGAGCUUGGGCUCCGGCGCGGGGGCGACCGGUGCAAAUAGGGGAAGGAGGGAGACGCUCACCGCACAACACCCGCUCAGCCACGGCCGCAGGGUCGCCGUGCUACCGAGCAAAACCGAGGAGGCAGACUGGCUCAAAGCCUCCGUCCUCUCGUUCGCCAAAUCGACCAACGAAUACACCGUGCAGGACGACGACGAGCCAGGGCCCGAAGGAACCUACAAGGUCGGCAUGGAGAACAUCAUCCCGCUCCCGAUCAGCCUGCAGACCAUGCCCGCGUCCGACUACUCGGCCGGAUCGCGCGUGCUCGGCAUGUAUCCCGACACGAGCUGCUUCUACGGCGCCACGGUCAAAUCUGGUGGGCCUGGAUUGACAAGGAAUGCGAACCUGGCAAAGUUGAUCAAGAAGGAGGCCGAGCUGCUGGAGGCAAAGUAUCUGCUCGAGUUCGAUGAUGACAACGGCGAAAUCAGGCAAGUGCCUGCUUGGCUCGUCGUGCAAGGGCCGGGGAUGUGA